AUGUCGUACGUACCGUUGCGUUUGAAGUAUAAAGUUGGCACCCGAGAAAGUCAAUUAGCACUUGUUCAAACCGAAAGUGUUAUCAGUCAACUUCGUACGUUCUUUCCGAAAGUGGAAUAUGAGAUAAUCAAAAUCAAAACAACUGGAGACAAAAAUCUGUUGACACCUCUGGCGAAUAUUGGUGACAAAGGUUUAUUUACGAAAGAACUAGAGAAUGAACUCGAUAAACAAACGAUUGAUUUUGUUGUUCAUUCAUUGAAAGAUGUUCCAUCGACCAGUUUACCACCGAACAUGGUUAUUGGCGCGAUUCUUGAACGUGCCGAUCCGCGUGAUGCUGUCGUCAUUGCACCAUGGCGAUCAGAGAAAUCUCUAAGUGAAUUGCCAGCUGGCAGCGUGAUCGGGACGAGUUCUACGCGACGUAUCGCUCAAUUGAAGCUGAAUUAUCCACAAUUUUCGUACAAGAAUAUCCGAGGAAAUAUGAAUACGCGUUGGGAGAAGCUGAGUAAUCAAGAAUUAGGUUACGAUGCAAUGAUUGUUGCUGUUGCUGGUUUUCAACGGUUAAAUUGGGCAGAUCGUAUUAGUGAAAUAAUCGAACCCGAACGCAUUCUUUACGCUAUUGGACAAGGUGCAUUGGGGAUUGAAUGUCGACAUAAUGAUCAUGAUACUAUUCGAAUGUUAUCAGUACUCAAUCAUGAACCGACAGUCGUCCGUUGUGUUGCUGAACGAGCAUUCCUAAAACGAAUUGAAGGCGGCUGUAGUAUUCCGAAUGCUGUUCGAACUGAGUACCAUGGCAAAAAUUUGACGAUCAACGGUAUUUUGCUAAAUCUUGACGGAUCCCGUUCUGUGAAAGGCCAUAUCGAAAACCUUGAUUUGACUAUCCCGGUGACAACGCCUAUCCCAAGCUUUCUUGUUUCGUCAACCGAUGAAGAUGUUUUAUCGUCCACUGAGGAUGAGACACAGCCAGUUCGAAAAACUUUCAAACGAAAACGCGUUGAUUCGGAUGCUGAUUCUUCACUAUCACCGUCAAUUUCAAUGAAGACUCCACCUCUACUCCGUCAUUUCGCACAUGUAUGUGGUGUGAAUAUCAAUGAAACAAUUUUAGAAAACGCUGAAUUAUGCGGUACGGAUUUAGCUGUUAAAUUAAUCCAAAUGGGCGCAGAUAGUAUAUUAGAAGAAAUUCAUCGAAAAGUUACUAUCAUUCCUACUCAAUAA